AUGUGUUUGGCUAGGGCCUUACUCCGAUCCAACGUGAUCCUCCUCUUGGAUGAGGCGACAUCUGCAGUGGACCGGGACACUGACAACCUGAUCCAGGAGACCAUCAGAACCGAGUUUUCCACUCACACGGUCCUGUGCAUCGCACACCGGAUAUCUACAAUCAUGCAUUCUGAUAGG